UUAGAAUGGGCUUACCCACCCAGACAAAAAUAUCAGAAUCUGAGAUGGGGCGAAUAUCCUUGAGGGUUAAAAUUGGUGGCAGUGGGAAGCAACCUUGUCCUUUUGCAUCCUGGUCAGUGUGUACCUGUGACCAUGCCCACCUUGCCUGGCAGCAGUUUUGCACAGUUGCUCAUCAUCCAAGCAUCUAAACAUGUCUGCCGGCUCCAAAACUUGGGGACUCCUUAGCUGCAGAGCGUCGGUGGCUACAACUUUCUUCUUGGGCCUAUUAUGACCUCACAGAAGAAUGCCUGGUCUCCUGGAUGGAACCCGGGCAUCUCCUCUGUUCCGUGAGAGCCCCCCACUUGCAACAAAGUGAGAGAAGAAUUUGCUGAAGCAUCUGGAUGUCAGAGGGGUGGAAGCAGCAAGCAGCAUCAUGGAUUAUCUCACGGUGCCAGCAAUGGCUUCCGCCUCUCAGAUGGAGAAAGAGGACCAAGUCGUGGCCAUCAUUCCUGGAACUCUGGGACCUGCCGCUCAUCAAGGCACAGGCAUCUCAGCUGGUGCCAAGCAAGAGCCCUCCACCAUCACAGGCGUAACUUCCAUGAUAGCACCAACCGGGGAUAAAAGCAAGAUCCCCAAAAUCCGGCGAGGGAGCAAGAUUAUGCAUGCCCCGCAGAGAGCCAAACUCAUGGGAAAGUCUUCCCGUCAUCACCACCACCACCGUCGCUACCGGCGGCGCAUGACAAUACAAGAGAUACUGAGCCGUUCCUGGCAAAAGGCCUACCCGCAUCUCGUUAACAUGCAGGCGAUCAUCUUUGAAUUGACCCAAUCCUUCUUGUUUGACAUCUUAAUCUGUAGUGUGGUGGCCAUCAAUACAAUCCUGCUGGUGAUACAGACAUUUGCUGUGGUCGAGAUCCGGGGAGAAUGGUUCUUCUCUGCCAUGGAUCCUCUUUUCCUUUGCAUCUACGUAGUGGAGGCCAUUCUCAAACUUAUUGCAUUAGGCGUCGACUAUUUCCGUGACCCCUGGAACGACAUUGAUUUCUUCAUCAUGUUCAUGACGGUGUUGGAUUUUGUCCUCUUACUGUUCAUCUCUGCCAGGCAGGGAAACCGAGGCAACACGAUCACGCUCUUUCGGGUCCUCAAAAUCUUCAAGGGGAUUCGCGCCAUCCGUGCCAUCCGCUUCCUCCUUACCCUCCGGGUGACGGAGAAUCUGCAAGAAAUCACCGGCACGUUUGUGCUUUCGUUCCAGUCCAUUGGAGCUAUUAUCCUACUUAUGUUCUCUUUCUUAUUCAUGUCUUCUGUGGUGCUACGUGACAUGUUCCAUGAAGCAGAUAAAAAACAUUUUGGGGACCUUUUCAAAACCAUCUUCACCCUUUUCCAGCUUUUUACUUUGGAUGACUGGUCACUUAUCUACCUGACAUGCUACUCUGCAGGCGCCUGGUACAUUAUUAUUUUUCUAAUCAUCUAUAUCCUUGUGGAAUAUUUUUUGCUUCUCAACCUGGUGAUUGCAGUCCUGGUGGAUAAUUUCCAGAUGUCCCUCCUCAAACGCCAAGAGAAGAAGAAACUGAAGCAAAAAAUGAUCCAGCUGAAGGACAGCACUGCAGAAGAUGAUGCCAUCAGGCAAGCAGAGAAGGCCAAGUUGAAAGGCGAGGAAGAAGAAGGCCUUUUCAGGAAGACAGUGAUGGAAAAAUACGGCAACCUUGAGCUGAGUGACCGAGAAUGGCAGCUUCUCUAUGGUUACUUCCAGCUAAUGACGGCUAUUGAGACCAACCAACAGCAGUUCCAGUCCCAGGCUUUCACCACCAACAAGAUCUUGGACACUUUUUUUGAGACAUCUGAAGAGGAUUUCUUUCCCAAAUGAAACACAGAGAGAGAUCCACAGUUCACUGGUGGGAUUUUUUUUAUGCUACCAGCAACUGUUGCUGUUAAAAAGUUGACAUAGCUGCUUAUUUUGAUGACCUUAUGUUAAAUGCAACAUUGUGUUAAUUGAAUCAAGUUGCGACUCUUAGCAUAUGGCAGUUUAAACCUAGCUGUCCUUGCUGGGUUUGGAUAUUUACCAGCUCCAAAAUUUGUUUCGGAGGCUAGAGCUGUUCUGUGUCGGAAUUUCAGGCCACGGCUUUAGUAUUUUCUGCACUGCUUUCGGUGAGCAAUUUUUUAGCUUUCAGACAGAGAAAUACCCUUCCCAUCAAUUGUUAGAAGAAGAUUUUGAACUUAAGCAAGCUUGGACUGAAUCUAAACAUUUUUGCAUACAAACUGUAGAUGUGCAACUCUCACUGAUCUAUGGAACCUCUCUUAAUGUGAAAAUAAUAAAAA